CAGCACUACACAACCUAUGUAGGCUCGCCCUGAUCACCGGUACCGUUCCACAAUCGACCUCGACCCCAGCUUCCAUGGGUCGGGGCAGCGCGCUGCUUCUCCUAGGGUUCCUGCUGCUACGGUUGAAUUGGGGCUUGGCUGUGGGUGGCGGAGGGGCGGAGGAAGAGGGCGGCGUGUUUCCUGUGGUGGUGAGCACCUGGCCGUUCCUGGACGCGGUUAGGGCGGCGUGGGAGGUGGUCGCGGCCGGUGGCGCAGGGGGAUCGGCUGUGGAUGCUGUCGUCGCUGGUUGCUCCGCCUGCGAGGUGCUCCGCUGUGAUGGCACAGUUGGUCCAGGUGGAAGUCCUGAUGAGAAUGGCGAAACUACAUUAGAUGCUCUUAUCAUGAAUGGGACAACAAUGGAAAUUGGAGCUGUGGCUGCCAUGAGAUAUGUGAAGGAUGGAAUAAAGGCAGCAAAGUUGGUCAUGGAGUACACUGAUCAUACUCUUCUUGUUGGAGAGAAGGCAACAGCCUUCGCAAUUUCAAUGGGUCUUGCAGGACCAACUAACCUGAGCUCACCAGAGUCCAUUGAGAAAUGGACAAAUUGGAGGCUGAACCAUUGCCAGCCUAACUUUUGGAAAAAUGUUGUUCCUGCUGGCAUCUGUGGUCCAUAUCAUCCUGUGAAUAUACCACCAUUUGGGUUCAAGGACCCUGUUAAAGGUACUGUAGAGGAGACUCAAGGUGCAACCUGCCAGGGAUGGCUCCAAAGUGAUAAUGUACUGGAACCGACAAACUCCCAUUUCAAGUCUGUUAAUCGCCACAACCAUGACACAAUUUCUAUGGCUGUGAUUGACAAGAUGGGUCAUAUAGCAGUCGGCACUUCUACCAACGGUGCUACAUUCAAAAUUCCCGGAAGGGUUGGUGAUGGACCGAUACCAGGAUCUUCUGCAUAUGGUGAUGAUGAAGUUGGGGCAUGUGGAGCUACUGGUGAUGGUGAUAUCAUGAUGCGCUUUCUUCCAUGUUAUCAAGUAGUAGAGAGUAUGCGACAAGGAAUGGAACCUCGAGAUGCUGCCAUGGAUGCUAUAUCAAGAAUUGCUCGUAAGUAUCCAGAUUUUAUUGGUGCUGUAUUUGCAAUGAACAAGAAAGGAGUGCAUGCUGGGGCGUGCCAUGGAUGGACAUUUCAGUAUUCUGUCAGGAAUUUUAGUAUGCAGGAUGUGGAGGUCAUCACAGUAACACCUUACAUGGCUAGACCACAGAAAUAAAAAGGUGCUUUAUGAAUAAUCUCGGUGUUAAACUAUCUUCAUUCAUUCUUGGGCGUGGUAAUGCAACAAUAUCAUGUGGGACUGCAAUUUCUAUUGAAACUGCUAUUUAUAUAUGAAGACAGCAGAUUCAUUGAAUGUGCUAUAAUCAAUUUUAAACUGCCAGUUUUUUGAA